AAAGCGUAUGCGUAAGUAAACUGGCAUCACUGAUGCCAGUUAUAAAAACAAAAUAAACCGCUGAAGAAAGGUCUUCAGUUUGUACCAGAGGGAUGGCAUCAUAGUUUUUCACUAUGGUAUUUGACAGGUCUUGUUGUGCCUUCUUAUCGGGAGCAUAAAUUUAUACUCCAGUUGAAAUUCUCACGCACACUCAUGUAUUUGUUGAAUGUUUACCUUCCGUAUGAGUGAAAAUGGUACAAAAUGCGCCAAACAAGACAAAAACUGCGCAAAGCUGAUAUGUGAGAAUGUGCAUUGAAAGUCUUCGGUUUACUUAUCAGUGGUUUAAUCCGCGUUCGCAAUGGCAUUUAGCCAUCUAUCCCGCGCAUCGAUAUUGGUUGGAAACUUGUGAUGCGAAAUGUUAUCAUCGUGAUAAUUGUUCUUCUGAUUAUGAGAAUCGACACCGAAAGAAGGAAACAACACUUCAUUGUGGUUUUUAUGAUAUGUAUAUAUGAAACUUACUUUUAUUUUAAACCGCGAGCUACGCUGUGGAAAUAAUAACGAACAAUAUGCGUAGAUUUUGUGUGCCUAGGUUCAUUUUCCCACAUUCACACCAGCUGCAUUGCUUAUAGCGUAAUAGUAUUGGUGAGCGCUGCUUGCGUUCGAUAAGAGGCAACAAAAUAUGGCCAUCAUAUCGGCCCCCUGGUUUGUACACUUCAAUCGAACAACAAGUUUAUUAGUGAUCCAGAAGAAAACCCCCAAAUUAGAAAAAGUGUUUGAGUUUGUAGUUAGCUUUCGGUUGUGGCUGUUUCUCCUCCAGCAGUUGGACUUUUGUUAGUGGUUCCUGGUCCCGGUACUCCAGAUUCAGCAGUGGCGACGAGGAAAACGGAGCGGCGGAACAAUUUUCGGCGACUUAAGUGACGGCAGACCGGAGUAUUGACUGUCAAGCGCAAAACUCAAGACGAUCGAAGCGCCAUCUCCGUUUUGACAUAUGAACUAUGUUGGAGGGGAUCUUUGUUUAUUUCGUACCAAGUGCAUAUCAGUAGUGAAAAGUAUUUUCAUUUUUAUUAACGAAUUACGGAGAUAACAUCGAUAAUGCAGCAAUCAGAUUUGAAAAAGUGCGCCCCGGAUGUCGAGCUUGAAGUAACCAUAGUGGAUAUUCUGGAUUAUGUGGGCGAAUCUGUGCGGCCGAUCAAAGAAGGUUAUGCUGUAUAUGCCGCAAAUCAUGUAAUCUGCAUCGGGUACCGCCAGCAAGAUGCAGUAAAUACGGAAGUCACUGGUUACGUGACUCAGACCUCGCAUCCUGGAUUGGCUCCACAUGAAGUGUUCUUGAAGCUGCAACAGGACAUUUCUAAAUGGACACUGAAAUGUUCUUGCAAAGCUGGAACAGCUAAAUGCAAGCAUAUUGUUGCAUGUUUGCUCCAUAUAGAGAAACACCCAAAACUCGAAUACCUUUCAUGUACAGACGUGAAACAAGCAUGGGGUAUGACCAAAUCGAGGAAACCGGUGCCUUGGAGGGCAAAGCAAAUCAAGGACCUAUGCUGCGUGACUCAACCAUAUGGCCUUCCUUGCUCUGUUUCAAACAGUCAAACCGAGGAGGAAAUUUUGUCCACGUCGUUCAACCGAAUUUUAUCAGGUAAAAACAAAUGUAGUAAAUUACUCAAAAUGUAUACUGAUAUCAUCUAAAUGUGUUUCAGUUUCGAAACAAUCAGCAAUCUUCAAACAUAUUGAAGGGCGUUUUUUGAACGAGCUCAAAACGUAUCCUAAUCGAGCCUUGCAGAAUUCAGUUGAAGGUGACGAAUUGAAUAUCUACAUCACUGAAGAAGAACUCACACGAUGCCUGAACCUGAACUUGUCCAAAAUUUAUGUUCAGGAUUGUAAUAUGAGUUCAUUCGAACAAUCGGAAUAUUAUAAAAAUUACGUUAAUGUUGAUAUCACUAAGGUAAUAAGAAUUGCAUUGGAAACACGUGACCAAUCAACCAAUGACUGGAAAAUUCACCGUACCAAGAGAAUUACGGCAAGUUCGGCUUACAAAUUAUUCACCUAUCUUAAAAAUAAAAACCCAGAUUGGGGUAAAAAAAUUGAGCAAUAUUGGGAUAUAAAAGGAAUAAAUGUUAAAGCCACUAAGUAUGGAAAGGACACCGAACAACUUGCAUAUGACUGCUACAAGAAAAAUCGUAAUCCUCUUGUGAAAAAAUGUGGCUUGGUGGUUCACCCCAAUGAGUGUUGGAUAGCUGGCUCUCCAGAUGGCGUCGACGUUUAUUCUCAGGUGCUGCUUGAAAUCAAAUGUCCAGGCAACGAAGAAAUGUCGUUAGCGGACCUCUUGGACUCUGCUGCUGUUAGACGAUAUAUCAAAAAUUCUACCACAUCAGAUAUUAAAUUGUCCGAGCAGCAUAUGUACUAUUGUCAAAUUCAGAUAAACAUGUGGAUAUUGAAUUGUAUUACAUGCGACUUCAUCAUAUAGGGUAGAUGUACCAGUUAUGGACAUAGUGGUUCCCUAUUUCGCCAUACGG